AUUUUUGAACGCAUAUAUUUAAUCGAAAUUAGUAUUUUCGUUGUUUCGAUACUUGGUCAUUCUGCCAACAACGCCGCAUGAUUCCUGUUCUGCAGGCAGUACAAAACAAUUUGAAGUAUUAAAUCCUAACUGGAAUGGAGGAUGAGGAGGAUCCCAUUGUGGAGGAGAUACCCGUCUUUCUAUCAAAGAACUUGCAAGACAACCUAUACCUGUUUCAAUACCCCACAAAGACCGAACUGCCAAAUCACGAUGAUGCCGUCGUUGUCAACUGCUGUGUGAAACCGUUUACACAGGAAGUGAAAGUGGAUUUCGGACUAAACAUUGAGUCCAAGCAUUUCGAUCGCUUCAAGGGCGAGCAAUUUGCAGUAGCCGCCGAUGGCAAGAACACAUACGGCGCCGCCCUACCUAAGGGCGCCGAAAGACCCACCUACAAGCGUGGCAUCAUGGACAAGCAGGCGUUUACCAGCACGCGCUCCUUAACAGAUAUCUCAAAGUAUGUAGUGGGAAUUUACACAGAUAAAGAGGUGCAUUUGUCGCCGUUGGCUAGUAUUGUGCAGUUGAGACCCUCGCUUACCUACUUCGACAAGGAGGACAAGCGUCGCAAGGCGGAGCAAAAGGCGCAAUCGGAAGAUAUCGAUGACGAUGAGGUGGCGCAGCAGGUGACGGUGAAGUUUGCACGUGGAACUAGCGCUGGCGCCGCGGCAAAGAAGACCAAGGAACAGCGCGGUAGCUAUGACAAAUUCGUUCAGCGCAUCGUGGAUGAGCCCUGGUGUGAGAGCUAUUGGCAUGCGCGCAACACGCCAACGGCCGAACUAGAGAGGCAGAAGCUCUAUAGUGCCAACCAUCAGUCCAAUCAGUCGCUGUCCUUGCCGCCCAGCGAGUAUCUUUGCAAGCUGUUGCCGCAUGACGAGCAUGUCCAACAGGUGGAUGCGGCCAAUGUGCUGCCCGUUUACAACAAGGCGAUGCUUAAGACUCUCCCGCUGCUGGAUCAGCUACGCGUGCUGCUCAAGGAUGCCAAAAUGCUCUCAUUUCCUGACGUACUGCACAUCCUCACGGAGCACAUUGAUCCCCAUGUCAGCGCUGAGAAAGUGUUGGCGUUGCUACCUCAGGUGGGAAUACUGUUGCAUGGCAACUGGGUACCCAAGUCCGAGGUGGUCUAUCCCGAAAAGAUGCUAUCACAUGCCAAUGGCGUCUCUGCGGAGCAAAUGAUACGUGCGCGGGAUUACGUACUCUACAAAUUCUCACGCACUCAGUGCCUGUACCGAAAACAAGUGAUGACCGCCACCCAGUUGCCCCCCGCCGAGACAUUGGAUGUGCUACGCACUGUGGCACGCGUAAAUUCCACGAAACGCUGGGAACUUCUUCUUCCGCCGGACAAGGAGUUCGAGCAAAAGAAUGUGGAACUAGUUCAGCGACAAGAACUGCACUGGCGCGCCACGGAGCAGUCGUACAAUGAAAUGGAUUGGGCAAAGGAGACUAAGCGCGUGCGCAAGCGCUCCACGCGCAAAAGCGAAUCCCAGCAGCAAACCACUAUGACAAUGCCGCCUCCUGCAGUACACCUUUCCACAGAAGCGUAGCAGCACCUAACAGUUCCGAAUAAAAUUAAAGAAAACCAAGAAGUUAUU